AUGGAUUUCAAGAUUUCUCAAUCGUUCCAAUUAUCGUUUGCCCAAGCGAAUGUUGCUGAGAUUUCUUGGAGGUUGUCUCUCUAUCCAAAAGGAAUUGAGAAAAAAAAUGAAAAUGGACAUAUCUCCCUCUACCUAGCAAUCGCUGAGACAGAAGAACUUCCUCUUGGUUGGGAGGUUAAUGCCGGCUUCAGAUUGUUUGUAUUUGAUCAGAUACGGGACGAGUACUUGACCGUUCAAGAUGGUGGUGGUGGUGGUGCUAUUAAAAGAUUCAAUGACAUGAAUAGUGAAUGGGGAUUUGCCAAAUUUCUUCCCCCGGAUACCUUCAAUGAUGUUACUCAAGGAUACCUUGUGAAUAACUGUUGCGUAUUUGGUGUAGAGGUUUUUGUUCAUGAACGUACUGUCAAAAGGCAGUGUCUUUCCAUGAUUGAAGAACCCGAUAACAGCACUUUUACUUGGAAGAUUGAAAGAUUUUCGACACUGGAUGAAGAAAGAUAUCACUCUCAAGAAUUCACUGUUGGAGAUUCAAAAUGGAAGUUACUAGUCUAUCCCAAGGGAAAUUCUACUGGAAAAAAUACGGCGUUAUCUUUCUUCUUGUCUUCAUGCAAUUGUAUUCGGUCAGAGCAAAAUGUUUUUGCGGAAUUCACGCUGCGCAUAAGGGAUCAAAUCAAAGGAAAGCACAAAGAAAUAAGUGAUAAACAUUGGUUUUCUACCAAGGGUUGGGGUUUUCCAGAAUUUUUGCCUCUAAAGGAUAUCAAUGAUGCAGCAAAGGGGUUUCUUGUGAAUGAUACUCUACUUGUAGAAGCUGAAAUUAUAGUGAUGUCUAAAGUGAGGUGGUUCUCUAACAGCACAUGCUAA